AUGUCUUCUCCCACCGGUAUUCAGUACCCUACCUACCGCAGCAAGUUCGGUCCCAGGUACCACAAGGUGCCCCAUGUUGGCGGCUGGACUGUUUCCCAGGCCGUGAAGUUCGGCGCCCGUGCUGCCGGCUUCGGCGCUGCUGCCGGCAUUGGCGCCCUCUUUUUCACCUCUGGCAUUCCCAGAAUCCAGCGUGACAUCCUCAUGAAGGUUCCCGUCAUUGGCCAGGUCUACGUGAAGGAGAUCCCCCCCUCUGACAACCCUUUCUAA